CGCCCGCCGCGCCAUGUUUCCAUCCGCACGUCAGAAGUUUGCAGUCUCACAGAAGGAAGGAAAGCGAAGGAAAGCGAGGAAAACAGGGCAACACGGACUAACUUUUGGAAGCAACUCCUCCUUUGCGUUGCCGUGUUCGCCCUUGAACGGAAACAACUGGCUGUUGGGUCUGCAAACUAAAGCCUCCCGUGUGCUCUCGGGGCAUAAGACUUAUUUUUCACAAGGAAAAAAAGCCCAUACUGCAGCUUUUGUUAAAUUGUUAUUGCGAACGGUGCAUGGCGCUUUCUGAGCAUAGAUAGUGGCUCCACACUCACGUCAAAGAAUGCCUUAACGUCCUUGGAUUAAGCCACUGUUGUUUUUUUUGGGAGGCACUGUUAUAAGGGCUACAUCACUACAACUUUGUUUUUUGGAGUUUAUUUUAACCCAACUCGCCCCGUUCCGUGGAGGAAGUGAAGAUAUCUGGAGACCAGUGGAUUGUAACAAAAACCUGUGGAUCGUAUCACAUUGGUGGAUUAUUUCACUACCAUGGCAUCACCUGGUGUCAUCACAGAUGGCGGAGCUAACGAGGAGUUCAGUGACAUCAUCAAGUGGAGAUCAGAUGAGCAUGAUUCUGUACAGAAGAAAACUUUCACCAAAUGGCUGAAUGCACAGUUCUCCAAGGCUGGGAAGACGCCAAUCAAAGACAUGUUCUCCGACCUGAGAGAUGGACGGAAGCUUCUGGACCUGCUGGAGGGACUCACAGGCACUGCCCUGACCAAAGAGCGAGGGUCCACCCGGGUACAUGCCCUCAACAACGUCAACAAAGUGCUCCAGGUCUUGCAUCAGAGCAACGUGGACCUGGUCAACAUCGGUGGGACUGACAUAGUGGAUGGAAACCGUAAGCUGACUCUGGGCCUCAUCUGGAGCAUAAUCCUCCACUGGCAGGUGAAAGACAUCAUGAAGGACAUCAUGUCCAACCUGCAGCAGACCAACAGUGAGAAGAUCCUGCUGAGCUGGGUGCGCCAGUGCAGCGCCGCGCGCGCAGACGUCAACGUGCUCAACUUCACCACCAGCUGGGCCGACGGCCUGGCCUUCAACGCCAUCCUGCACCGCUUCAGACCCAACGUGUUCAGCUGGGAGCAGGUGGUCCGCAUGAGCCCCGUGGAGCGACUCGACCACGCCUUCACCGUCGCCAAAGACCAGCUGGCCGUGGACCGGCUCCUGGACCCAGAAGACGUGGCGGUGCAGCUGCCCGACAAGAAGUCCAUCAUCAUGUACGUGACGUCGCUGUUCGCCGUGCUGCCCCACGACGUCACCAUGGAGGCCAUCCGCGAGGUGGAGACCCUGCCCCGCCGCUACAAGAGCGAGGACGGCCCCCCCGCCGGCCUCAGCCCGCAGGGCCUGGGCUGGGCUCCGACGGAGCAGGCCGGGGGUGGCCCCGGCCUCUCGAUGGAGUACGGCGGCGAGGAGGUGGAGGUGGAGGAGACGCUGGAGGAGGACGAGGAGGACGAGGAAGAAGAGGAGGAGGAGGGGAUCCUGCAGGAGGUGGACCUGGACAGCUACCAGGCCACGCUGGAGGAGGUGCUGACCUGGCUGCUGUCGGCCGAGGACACGCUGCACAUGCAGGACGAGGUGUCGGACGACGUGGAGGAGGUCAAGGACCAGUUCCACACGCACGAGGCCUUCAUGAUGGAGCUGACGGCGCACCAGAGCAGCGUGGGUAAUGUGCUUCAGGCGGGCAACCAGCUGAUCGCCCAGGGCAACCUGGCGGUGGAGGAGGAGGACGAGAUCAGGGAGCAGAUGACCCUGCUGAACUCCCGCUGGGAGAGCCUCCGCGUGGCUAGCAUGGACCGGCAGGCCAGACUUCACGAGGUCCUGAUGGAUCUGCAGCAGCAGCAGUUGCAGCAGCUCUCUGAUUGGCUGACGCAGACGGAGGACCGCAUCAAGAAGAUGGAGUCGGAGCCGGUGGCGGGUGACGUGGACGACUACAAGGAGCAGAUAGAGCUGCAUAAAGAGCUGCAGAAUGACCUGGAGGCGGAGCAGGUGAAGGUCAACUCUCUGACUCACAUGGUUGUGGUGGUGGAUGAGAACAGUGGCGAGAGCGCCACCGCUGCCCUGGAGGAGCAACUACAAACCCUCGGGGAGCGCUGGGCGGCCGUGUGCCGCUGGACCGAGGAGCGCUGGCACAAGCUGCAAGAGGUACUUCUGGUGUGGCAGCAGCUCCUGGAAGACCAGAGCUUCUUCAGCGCAUGGCUGACGGAAAAAGAGCAAGCAUUGGGUGAUGUCCAGACCAGCAGCUUCAAGGACCACAGUGAGAUGAACGCCAACGUGAGGAGGCUAGCGAGCCUGAAGGAGGACAUGGAGCUGAAGCGGCAGACCCUGGACCAGCUGUCUGAGGCCGGGCAGGACGUGGAGUCGCUGCUGCGGAGCCCCGCCGCCGGGGCCACCAUCCAGGGGACCACCGAAGACCUGACCCUGAGAUGGGACAGCCUGGUCCAGACGCUGGAGCAGACGCUGGAGGACUGCUCCUUCCAGGUAAUGGAGGCCGUGGCCAGCUCCGGGGGGACUGAGGUGGAAGGACAGAACGUUGUGGAUACGGUUGCCAUGGCUGCAGCAUCAUCAUCAUCAUCAUCAUCCUCGUUUGUCGACCAGGACUCAGCCCAGCCCGCUAAGAAAAGAAUGAUGGAGACCGAUGUGGAAGACAGACUGGAGCUGGAAGGUAACCUGUCUGCUCUGCUGAGCUGGAUGACAACGUGGACCUCCUCCGCCCAGACGCUGGGGUGUGUGCACACCAGUGCGCCGGGCGACCCCGCAGAGCUGCACGGCGACAUGAAGUCUCUGGAGCUGCAGUUGGCCUCCAAGGAGGCUCUGAUUGGCCAAGUGACUCAUGAGGGGCGGCGCCUGGUAGACCAGCUGGAAAGAGAGGGCGCGAGCGCCGACUCCCUGCGCUCGGACGUGGACCUGCUCCAGGCCCAGCGGGACGCCUGCUCCCGGGAGCUCCAGGCGGCCAGGGAGCGGGUGCGGGUCCAGAGCAGGCUGGGGGAGCUGGGGGAGGCCCUGGCGCUGGUGGACGGGGCCCUGGGGGAGCAGGACGGCUGGCUGAGGACCACAGGGGCCGCCGGCCGGGAGCCCCCCGAUCAGGAAGGGCUCAAUCUUCUCCACGAAGAGUGUCAGUCCCGAUUGGGACAGGUCGGCGAGCUCGGCGCGCGAUUGGAGCAGCUGUCUGCAGAGGCGGGCUCUCUGGGGGCCACGCCCGCACUCAGAGACACAUCGGUGGUGGUGUCGGCCCACCACUCCUCCACCCUCCAGCAGCUACGCCGCAGAGAGCAGGACCUGGACCAAGGGCUCCAAGCUCUGCUCAGACAGGCGGAGGAGGACCCCGUGGAGGCCCUGGAAGAGCGACUGGGCACGCUCAAAGACGGCGUCACCGACAUCCCCACCACUCAGAGCGCGGUGGAGCGGGCGCAGGUGCUGUGUUUAGAGAUAGAGCAAACCCAAAAGGCCUCGGAUCCAGCUGUGGCCCAGCGAUGGAGUCAGCUGUCCUCCAGGGCCAGGGAUGAGCUGAGCACGCUGCAGUGCAUCCUGGGAAGUUUGAAGGACAAUCAGGUGCGCAUGGUGGAGGUGGAGCGAUGGCUGGACGCUGUACAGGAACUGAUGUCACAGGACGCCACAAAGCAGGGCGAGGCGGAGAGGCUACAGGAAGAGCUGAACCAAUGCAAGGAGUAUGUGAAUGAGAUGGAGUCAGUGGAGAGUUCGUUGAAGCAGAUGAGAGAGAAUGUGUGCGCGGUGCAAGGGGCGGCAGUACCUGGUCUGACCAGCUGGGGGCAGGACAGUCUGGACCAGUGUCAGGCCAGGUGGGACGUGUUCAGCAAACAGCUGCUGAGCCAACAGGAGCGCGUGGCGGAGCGGCAGGAGAGGCAGGUGAACUUGAGCAAGGACCUGGCGGAGAUGCAGGAGUGGAUGGGCCAGGUGGACGAGGAGUUCCUCAUGCGGGACUUUGAGUACAAGAACCCGGAGGAGCUGGAGGCGGCGCUGGACGAGAUGAAGAGGGCUAAAGAGGACGUGCUACAGAAGGAGGUGAGGGUGAAGAUCCUGAAGGACAACAUCAACGCCUUGGUGAGCAGGACGUCGCCCCCUGCUGGUGGAGGCGGACAGGCGCUCACCUCAGAGCUGGACGGCGUGCUGGCCAACUACCACAAGCUCUGUGACCGCUUCAAGAGCAAGAGCCAUACAUUGGAGGAGGUGUGGUCGUGUUGGAUGGAGCUCCUCCAGUACCUGGAGAUGGAGCAGAGCUGGCUGGGCACCCUGGAGACCAACCUUCAGACCACUGAGGAUCUCCCGGAGAGCACCGAGGCUGUCAACCGAGCUCUGGAGUCCCUGGAGGGCGUGCUGCGCCACCCCGGGGACAACCGCAGUCAGAUCAGGGAGCUGGGGCAGACGCUGAUCGACGGAGGCAUCCUGGACGAGCUCAUUAGCGAGAAGCUCGAGGCCUUCAACUCUCGCUACGACCGGCUCAGCCAGCAGGUCAGACCCCGCCUGUGUGUGUGCCUUGGUGUCUCUGCACCUGUCUCCCUAUGUCUCUGUAACUCCUUCUAUGUGUCUGUGGGUCUGUCUUCAUGUAGGGCUGUUUAAUUGGGGCAGAUCUAC